CUCCCUUUUAGGCCUCACCCAGCGCCAGCGGCAGCAAGCAGGCUCUCCGACCAGCAUCUCGGCGACUGACGACGUCGCAUUCUUACUCCCUCCCCUACGUUUUAAUACUUCUUGUCCCUCUUUGCCAGUCCCUUGAGCCGCGGCGCCGUCGUGAACGAGUGGAACGACACGCGGCAUCUCAGUCGCAUUGAAGCCAGCAGAAUUUCCCUCGCAGCAUCACCACAGAAGGCACUCCACGCUCCUCGACCAACACAACAACCCGGACGCUCUCGCCAUGGCAACCCCCAACGGUCAGAUAGCUGCGCCGAACCGCACAUCUCCUCAGCCGCCUUCGGCAUUACCCAAUGCGCCGCAGACGGUGUCCUCCAAAGAUCCCAAGGCCGCGGCGCAAGCGGCCACCGACAUGAGGAACAUUGUGCGCAGGAAGCUCACAGGAUACGUUGGCUUCGCGAAUCUGCCCAAUCAAUGGCACCGCAAGAGCGUGCGAAAAGGCUUCAACUUCAACGUUAUGGUCGUUGGUGAAUCUGGCCUUGGAAAGUCGACUCUCGUGAACACUCUCUUCAACACCUCUCUGUACCCACCGAAGGAGCGCAAGCAGCCGUCGCUCGACUUCGCGCCAAAGACGGUCAGCAUACAGUCUAUUUCAGCAGACAUCGAAGAGAAUGGUGUGCGCCUGCGCUUGACUGUCGUCGACACGCCCGGCUUUGGUGAUUUUGUCAACAACGAUGACUCGUGGAGACCAAUCGUCGAGAACAUUGAGCAGCGCUUUGAUGCCUACCUCGACGCGGAGAACAAGGUCAACCGCAUGAACAUCGUGGACAACCGCGUCCAUGCCUGCGUGUAUUUCAUUCAGCCAACCGGCCACUCAUUGAAGCCUUUGGACGUCGAGGUCAUGCGCAGAUUGCAUACCAAGGUCAACCUAAUCCCGGUCAUCGCCAAGUCGGACACACUUACAGACGAGGAGAUUGCGGCCUUCAAGCAGCGUAUCUUGGCCGAUAUCCACCAUCACAACAUCCACAUCUUCGAGGGCCCACGAUACGAGCUCGAUGAUGAGGAGACCAUCGCGGAGAACAACGAGAUCAUGUCCAAGGUCCCGUUUGCGGUUGUUGGUGCCAACACCGAGGUCUCGACGCCAGAGGGUCGCAAGGUCCGUGGCCGUCGUUACCCAUGGGGUGUCAUCGAGGUCGACAACGAGGAGCACUGUGACUUCGUCAAGCUGCGACAGAUGCUCAUCCGGACCCACAUGGAAGAUCUCAAGGAACACACCAACAACUUCCUGUACGAGAACUACCGAUCUGACAAGCUCACUGCAAUGGGUGUUGCACAGGACCCAAGCGUCUUCAAGGAGGUCAACCCAGCAGUCAAGCAGGAGGAAGAGCGCUCACUUCAUGAGCAGAAGCUCGCCAAGAUGGAGCUCGAGAUGAAGAUGGUCUUCCAGCAGAAGGUGCAAGAAAAGGAGAGCAAGCUGAAGCAAAGUGAAGAAGAGCUCUACGCCAGACAUCGCGAGAUGAAGGAGCAACUCGACCGCCAGAGACAAGAGCUCGAAGAGAAGAAGGCACGAAUCGAAAGCGGUCGGCCGAUCGAGGAGAAGGGCCGCAAGAAGGGCGGCUUUUCACUCCGAGGCUAAAAGAGCCACGCCGUUGGCUUUGGCUGUGUUUUGAGCAUGGUGUUUCUGUGAUGGGCUUGGCAUUGGCAAAGCAGGCGCGGGUUGUUGUCAGAGGUAAGCACUUUUUAGUGCUCAACUUCUAAACGCUCACAACGCCGGCGUUGCGGUCAUCAAGCGGGCUGAGAUCGUACGGUUGGCGUCGCGAGCGGAGAGACCUUUUUAAUGUCACUAAUCUAUAUCGCCACUGCAACUACCUCAUCUGCUUGGAAGAAGCCGGCCACAAAGAACACACCAAAUCGACUCACUGUCAUCACCAUCGCCUCGGCAGCGAUGACCUGGUGUGUGGCCGAGACACAGGUCGACAAGGACGGAUGACAGAAGGAAAGUUACUUGCUGCAGGAUGAGGCCUCUUUAUGUUGUGAUACCACAGCGACUUGUUUCUUGUUUGAUAUUAUAGCCUGGCUGACCUGACCUGACUGUGUUUCCUUGUGUUGGACUCCUCAAGAUAGCAACGGUAUUAGUAGCGGACACAGUUGC